AUGAAGUGGCAGAUACUGUCGAGCCUCUCGCUCGGCUCUCCUCUCGUGGGAACGGCACUUGGAUAUGGGACAACCAUCUCGAUUGGCGUCAGCUACUGUCCAGCAACGUACACUACUUCUACAACGUCAACCAGCAGUAUGAAAGCCUCAUCCCCGACGUCGAGGUAUCCCUUCUAUCUCUCAUUUCUCGUCGACUCACUUCUGCCACGCCGAGCUGAGAAACGUGCUACUUCAAGCCGUCGCUACAUCGCAGCUGAUGGAAUUGUUACAGAGGAUCCUCAGGCAGCAGCAAUUUUUGCCAUUACCACAUCAGGACAGCUCAUGAAUAGUGGAGACUACAUUUCAACAACAGGCCUUGUCCAGUCACAACUUUUCGAGGCGACACCAGAAUUGAAAGAUAUCUCAACUCGAUUCGCUGUCCGUUCCAACGAUACUUUAACUUGGGAAAACGAUGCUUUCGUUGGGGGCGAGGCCAUCUUCUGCCUUCUGGGGGACCUGUUUGUGACUUUCAAUGGAACUUCGCCUUUUGGUUGCACCAGGACAUAUCUUGAGAUCAUCCCAGUGGAUGAAGUUACAAUGCCUCCGACUCCCACGUUCACAACAUCUUUGGCAGACUCAACUAUAACAACCAGUAUCAUCUCGGUGACCACUUAUCCUCCAGUCUUCCGCAAAAGUGGCUCCGUGAACAUGGCUUCAACGAUCUCCAGCUUCAUUAGCUCUACACCUCACCUAACGUCAACGAUAACAACCCCUCCAGUUACAGCCUCGAUUCCUCCAAGCCACACGGCAAGCACUACCGUCUCGGGAGAAACUCCGCCUUCCUCGACCGCUUUAACCACCUCAGCGUCUGAGUUCCCGGCUCCAACUUCUACCGGAACGCCAAACUGUUUUGAUGGCGCGGGAUUCGAUGGAACUGUCAAUUCCGAUUACCUCAUCCUAUGCGACACCGAGCUUCCAGGUUCGGAUCUUGAUACUGUUCCAGCCGCCGAUCUCGCCAAGUGUAUCGGAGCCUGCAGCUCGUACGUUGCGUCGUCAGAAGGGAUCUGCGUGGCAGUCGAAUUCGAUAUACUAGCAGAGGCAAAUCCUUGUCAUCUCAAGUUUAAUAUCGGACUCGUUACUCGAGGUGGCAAUCCCUUCGCUCAAGCGGCCAUUGUUGUCAAUCUGCCCUACGCCCCUGAAAUCACAUUUUCUGGAGAUCCUGGGUUCUCAACGACUACUUCGCCUUCUCUCGAAUCAACCACCGCUAUUUCGCCGAUUCCCACAACAACGCAGACACCCCCUUCGACAUCAUUGUCGAUCGCAUCUACGAUGACAACCAUGAGUUCGCCCCUAGUCUCAUCAACAGUUUCACCUACGUUAUCUCACCCACCUACUACAACAAAUGUUGGCGUUUCCUCCACAGGGGCUCAAAGUAGUCCUAGUCUUUCGACCAGUAGUCCCCUGACUAUCCAGUCGGUAGGCUCUUCUAUCACUACUCAACAGACUCCAUUACCGACUACGAUACCCAGCUCCGUUUCAACAGGCGGUGUGCCGAGCACAACUACUAAUGCUCCACAGCCAAGCUCGUCUGCUCGUCCCUCUUCCACUGUGGGGAAGCCCACAUUUCAUUCCACUGGUACAUUGUCCACGUCCACAUCCUUGAGACCCAGUUCAACGUUCCUCCCUACUUCGAGCACCACAAUCCCCCCAACGGCUGUACUUGCUACUUCUACUACUGCGGCUCCGUACUGCUCUGGUGCGACUCCCACGGCCGCAUUAUGUCCAGCCUACAAUCACCAAGCGGUGAAUGUCAAUGGUGAUGGGGCUUGUUACGAGAUCGAGUGCCAGACAAAUCUUGAUGGAACGAUUCUCACUGGGAAUUCUACGAGGACAGUAUCACACAACGUCUGCAUUGGAUUUUGUAGUCUAUACAACGUCGCAAUUCCUUUUGGCUGCGUGGGUGUCAACUAUUUCGGUAUUUCAGUUCCAGGUAACAAUUGUGUGCUCUUGUCAAGCAUCACUAGUACUAGAUAUCUUGCUGGUGUCGACAGUGGUCGCUUACUCUAUGCCGGAUAUCCUUCCAUCAGCGACCCCAACUAUGGAACUAUCAGCGUCUCCUCCGUUUCACAGACCGCAGCACCAACACAAACAUCCUUGACUUCAACUGCUACGUAUUCUGCGACAAGCUGUUCCGCCGGUCCUACCUCACCUUCGAGCCCCUUAUGUCCAGGAAGCUCCCCAUUCUGCAAUUCAUAUAAUAGCUGGGGCACUCCGGACAACUUUGAGAUCGAGUGCGCCACAUCUUUCACCGGUUCGAGCUUACAACCACUUCUGGCUUUUUCAUUGGCUGAUUGUAUCAGUUGGUGUCAGUAUGCAAAUGCAUACAGUACCAGUCUAUGCACUGGCGUUACUUUCAGAGAAGGCAAUGUUACUCAAGGUGGCCAGAACAACUGCUUCAGAUAUUCUUCCCUCAUAUGCGCAAUACGCGGGAACUCCACAUUCAACAGCGCCCGCGUCUUGAACUCUGCUUAUCCACAAAUGACAGAUUAUAACGAUCCUAGCUUCAUGUGUAGUGCUCAAGCAAGCUCGACAGUUGGGCCAGGCACCAGUACCGUACCUGAUUCAGGCGGUUCCUCCUCAACGAGCAGAUCUGCUACAACAGCAACAACAACAAGCCCGGCAGCCACCGUAAGUACGAGCAGACCGGCGACUUCGACUACUGUGGACCUCUCUCAGCAAACCUCGACUGCUUUCCCAUCAGCUUUUCCUCAAGACCCAGUCUGUGAGAACAACCUGAUCUCUAAAUUUGAAGGUGGCCAAGCAUUAGUCAAUCCAAAUCUAGGCCGGUAUUAUGAUAUCGAAUGCGCGGCCGAUUACAACACAGGAAUAAACCUUCCGUUCGGCGUGACUACUCAGCCAACAUAUAACAGUUGCUUGGAUCAGUGUGACCAAGCCGUAGCGGCCAAUGCUUCCGUAAUUUGUGCAGCAUUUUCCUGGGUUUCGAGCACCGGAGCCUGUACUCUUCUGGGGAAGACCUCCAAUGGCAGACAAACGACCACAGGUAUGACGAAUACCUUAGGUACGCACUCGGGCCGUUGGCUCUUCAAUCAGGGCGGCAGUACCCCUGACGGGCCGGGUCUGCAGGUGUACCUUCAACGUCCAAUCCCCUUCCCAACAGGACAAAACCUAAUUGGUGCAACUCUGCCCUCCUUUCCGGGGGGGACGAACACAUACUUCAACGGCUGGGCGGCGAACUCCCACACUACCCCCCUUGACUUAUCGGCCCUCGGCAUUCAAUGGAGGAUUUUUGGGCAAACAAGUAACAAACUCUUUGUCUCUGCGAAUUUCUGGCUUACUACGUCCCAACUGGAGCUUAACUCCUCAAGCCAGAACACCUGGUCUCAGGGCGGACGAAACAAUGAUGCCACACCGAUUGCUUUUCCAGCCUCCAAUCUUCCAGCCUACACCAUUGCUCCAUUUUGGACCCAAGGCUUUAUCCUCAUGGCCAGUCAGCAAGGUAUCUACUACCAAGUGGACACUAUCUCUCCCGGUCGAUACGGCAUCUCCAUUGAAUGGUACUUCUCUCACUUCCAGAUUGACAGCGCCGUCCAACAUGCCAUAAUGACAUACGACACCGGAAUCCCAGGUGUCUGGACCACCUAUUUCUUCCGAGCUGGUAGUACAACUGAUGAUCAGGGCAAACGGCAGACAGUCGGUGCUCAAGGAGGCUCUGGCCAGAGCUUUAAUUAUUGUCGGGCCCAGACGAACUGCAUCACGCCUGGUGGUAAGUUGGUCUUCGACACCGAAGUCAUGGAUGCGUCAGCUUCCCCAACGUACACCGCGAAUUAUUUUGUUGCAGCUAAUGUGCAAGCUGGUUCUUGGACCUGGUCUAACCGGCCAGUGUAG